AUGACACUUGAGCACUCCUCCUCAUGCCGGACAUACAUCCUCCAUGCCAACGGCCAAAAGUCCCACUACGUCCUCAAUGACUUCACUGACCCCUGGAAGCCCCACGAAACAAUUCUUAUCCAACAUGGAUUCGGCCGCCACUCAGCAUUCUGGUACCACUGGAUCCCAGCGCUAUCCCGCCACUACCGCGUUGUAAGACGAGAUCUGCGAGGACACGGGUACUCUAGUUAUCCCGGGCAAAAACAAACCGUCUCAUCAACUGAAAACGGAAUUGUUGAGAAUGAUAAAAAAGAAGAAAAGGACUACGUAUAUAAUGUCGACACAAUCAUCGGGGAGAUAAUAGAUACGUUAGAUCAACUUGGAUUGCAAAAAGUGCAUUUUCUGGGAGAAUCAACGUCGGGAAUAUUGGGUGAGAUACUUGCUGCAAGGCAUCCAGAGCGGUUGCUCAGUUUGACUGUAUGCUCGUCGCCCACGCAUUUGCCGCCGCCUGCGCUGCAGAUGUUUGCUUUCGGCCACAAAGAUUGGCCUACUGCGUGUCGACAGCUAGGGGCGCGCGGGUGGACUGAAGCGCUGGCGCGGGUACCGGGCACGAUUCCCAUUUCAGAUAGUGAGUAUUUGCCAUGGUAUCUGGGGCAAGUGGAGGUUAGCGAUGGUGAAGGGUUGGCGCAGUAUGCGGAGUUUUUGUCUACGCUGGAUGCGAGGCCGUGGUUAGAGAGGAUUAAGGUAUCGACACUGAUAUUGAGUCCGACACACAGUGCGGCUAUCAAGGUUGAGGAUAUGAAGGCUCUCAGAGACACGAUUCCGGGAAGUCAGUUGGUACCGAUAUCUGAACCUGGGCAUGAGAUUUAUGUGACAGCAGCGGAAGAGUGUCAGCAAGCGUUUCUGGGCUUCUUGGAAGGUUAA